GCCGUGUCCUGCCCAGGCCCGCCCGCAGGCUCGCGGUGACCCGCCAGCCAUGGUAAACCUGGGCCUGUCCCGGGUGGACGACGCCGUAGCCGCGAAGCACCCGGGACUGGAGGAGUAUGCCGCGUGCCAGUCGAGCGCAUUCAUGAAGGGCAUCUUCACCUUUGUCACAGGAACCGGCGCAACCCUCGGCCUGCAGAUGUUCAUUCAAAGGAAGUUCCCGUACCCCUUCCAGUGGAACGUGCUGGUGGCCGUGGUCACAGGCUCAGUGGCCAGCUACUGGGUGACCCGAGUGGAGUCACACAGAUGCCGCAACCUCUGGCUCUUCCUGGAGACGGGACAGCUCCCUAAAGACCUGGGCACAGAUGGGCGCAGCUAAGAGGGCUCCAGCUGGGGCGCAGAAGACCCGGCCGGAGACUUCUAGAACACAGCCCUCAGGGCCUCCUCACCCCAGGCUGGCCCUCCCCCCUCACAAAGGCCCUCCCCACACCCUGAAGUGACCCAGCGGUGUCCCCUGCACACAUGCAUGGCCAGAUCUGCCAAACCUGUGCAGACCGCUCCCGCCCCUGCCCAGGGGGUCAGACCAGAGGGGGCCGUCCCCGUGGGGGUUGGCCUCCUACAGGGCAGCCUGCUGAGAACUGCAGGGGAUCAGAGAGGCUCUGGUGCUCAGCGGGAGGGCCAUCUGCAGGCUCCGGUGCUCUGACCUCCCUGUCCCGCCCUGGCAUCCCCCACAGUCCGAGGUGACAGCUGCUGCGGGGGGGGCGGGUAUUGGACGAAUAAAUGCCUUGCCCUCUUCCCACCUGAGUUCUGCAAUAAUCAGGAGGCGUGUCAAAGCAGCAAGAAGUUGAGAGACAAAUGUCACCUUAGCAGCAUACACCUGAGGACCUGCCAGGGCAUUUCCUAACGCUGAGCCCCAGAACCGGGCCCUGCGGGCGCUGGAAGGCCACCACCGCCACCGCCACCACCGCAGCUCUGCCUGCCUGC